GACAUUGUCAGAAUACUUUGGGAUAGCAAAGCAACUAGAAAUCCCGGUAUCUCCCUAUAAAAAAUAGUCCACUAAAGCUAGGGCGACGAUAGUGCUCUCUAUAGGCGUCUGGCCAUGCGGUUAAUGCGUGUGAUUUCCAAUUUCCGUUAUCCUAUUUUACCGACCAAUGGAAUCGUUCAUUUCGAUAAAUCUACAUCCUUUCUCAAAAUGGGGCCUCCUGAUUGGCUGGUAGAUCUAUUGCUUCGCAAAAUGAUAGUGGGGAUGUAAGAACAUGGCUGCAACGCAAGCCGAAAGCCAACAAAACGAUGUGCAUAGUGAAGUGAAAUGUAUUCAAAAACAUUCGCAACUGGGCGUAAAUAGCGGCACAAAACAAUUCGAUUCAAAUGAUCAACUAUCCUGUAACGCGGUGCUUAAAUAUGUGAAUCGCGGCGGGCCAAACAGUCCCAGUUUAGUGGAGAUGAGUCAAUACCGCGAGGACAUUAGUGGACACCCUACUACUGGUGCCGUUUAUAGCGAACAAAAUAUCGGUGGUAAAUCAAGUAAGGACGGAUCGCUCGGGGGUGAGCAUACCUCAAAAGGUGAACCACUUGACACAAGUCAUCCGCAUGGUUUUGUCGGAAACACCUUGGGCGGUAGUGGGGGAAGGGAGUAUAACAGUGAUGAGUAUUCUAGUAAACAAUCUGUCAGUGAAGGGAGCACAGGACAUUCAGUGAGUCAAUGUGAAUCUUCUGAGGAACAUUACCUCGGCUCUAAGAUGGAGUCACCGCGCCUAUCACACUCCAAUCCCCCUGUGUCCACUGGAUUCCCGGGACAAUCCCCAAGAUUUUUAUCCGGUCAAAGUAUAUCCCAAGCUACCGGUCCAACCCCUACGCUUAAUCAGUUGUUGCAAGCAUCCAGUCCGGUGCAUCGGUUUCACGCCAACUACCCUGGCAUGGGACCGGAGCCGUACCAGCAGCCAUGGCCCAUGCAACGUCCACCUGUCGUACCGCCAGUAUAUCCACAGGCAGGACAGCGCCCCCCGCAAACAGGUUCGCCAAGAUUACAUCCAGGUCCAGGAGGGCCAAGGUCCCCAACGCCUAUGCCAUACCCACCAUAUACCCAGCGCUAUUCGUCAACGGCCAGACCUCAUGUACCAUACAGUCAUCACCAGUUGAAUUCGUAUGGUCCACAAAGCGGUCAUCCGCCUAGUAUGUAUUCUGAACAAAGAGGAUGGAAUCAAGGAGGACCACCCAAUCCACCACAAAUGCCACCUAACCAAGUGAAUCCUGCGAGCCAGUCUCCGCAAAGGGCAUUGUCACAGUCUCCGGCUCCUCCGCCGGCUGCCUCUCCGCAACCUCAACCUCCAAAUCAAUCACAGAGUUUUCAUAACAUGCAGCAGCGAUCGACCACGCCAAACGCGCAAGGGAUUGAUGCUAGCGAAUUAUCUGGUCAAAACAGCAACGAUAGUUCAAAUGGGCCAGCACCGGGGACACCGAAUUCUCAGGGAAUGAGGCCUACCCCAUCACCUACAGGGUCCACAGGUUCUCGCUCAAUGUCCCCAGCUGUUGGUCAACCAAACGUUCAGAUGCCUCCACGUCCAUCAAGCAGCCAGUCAGAUAGUAGCGGGCCAGCACGCAUGAGUCAUUCUCCAAUGGCAGCUCAAGGAGGAUACCAACAGCCCUUGGGGCCAUCACCGCACAUGCACAGCUACAAAAUGAACAGCAGUGGCCCUGGUGUUGUCCAACCAGGCCCGGGCCCAACUGGCUUAGGUGGAAUUGGAUCUAUGGGAGGAAGUAUGGGGUAUUCAACUGGAGGGGCUGCAGGACAGCCUGGUUACCCACAGAAUGCUUAUCCUCUUGCACGUCCUCACAUGCAAUUUGCCCAGGGUUACCCACCACCAUCUAAUUCUCAGGCGCCACCAAAUAAUCAGUAUCAGCCACCAAGGCCAAACAAUAUGGCACCUCAGUAUCCGCCUUAUCCGCAUAAAAUGGGGUUUAAUAAUGUGCAGCCAGGUAUGCCGCCUAGUCCUGGACCUCCGCAGGUAUACGUUAGCAGCAACAGUCCUGGCAUGGCACCUCCUGGUCCAGGUGGCAUGGGAGGUAUGGGAAGUAUGGGACCACCGGCAAGUUCAAUGGGUCCGCCACCUCCUUCGCCUAAUCACAUAGGAAAUCAGCCUUCAUCUGGACCUCCGUCUAAUCUUGGGCCACACAGUGGUUCACAUCCUCCUGCAGCAACACCUCCUCUUAAUCAUGAAGGAAGUCCAAUGCCACCGCCGAGCACAACUCCAAAUUCCCAUCCCACUUCUAUGCCCACACCAAGUAGCCAUAGUUCUACAGAUCUUGCUGCAGACACUUCUAAUGAUAGCGGGAUUACAACAACAGCCUCUGGAACAUCAGCGAUUAACGUAACCUCAACAUCAAGUGGCACAGUAACAUCAGUCAUUACAACUGGUCCAGAUGGCACUUCUUUGGAUGAAGGAUCACAACAAUCAACGUUGUCGAAUGCUUCAGCGGCCUCUGGAGAAGAUCCUGCUCUGACACCAAAGUCUCGUAAAGAAAUUAUUGGCGGAGGAUAUCAUAGCCACCCUGCCACUCCUCAAAGUACGGUGCCAUCUCCAGGUGCAGCAAGCAUUAAUUCGAUGCACGAAGAAUAUCCCGAUCUGAACAGCCCAAGCUGGCCUCGUACUCCAGCUAGCCCUGUGUUUAACAGUCAUGUGCCUCAAGACCCAUACAGAUCUAAGAAACCUGAUAGCCUGGCAAAGCUUUACGAGAUGGAUGAUUCUAUGGAGCGGAGAACAUGGCUAGACAAACUUGUCGCUUUCAUGGAGGAAAGGCGUACGCCUAUCACCAGUUGUCCUACCAUCUCCAAGAACCCCCUUGAUCUGUUUAGAUUAUACCUCUACGUCAAGGAGAGAGGGGGCUUCAUGGAGGUAUGCAAGGUUACAAAAAACAAGACAUGGAAGGAUAUAGCAGGACUACUAGGCAUUGGAGCAAGCAGUAGUGCGGCAUAUACUUUGCGGAAACAUUACACAAAGCAUCUUCUUGCUUACGAGUGUCAUUUUGAUCGAGGUGGCGUCGACCCCCAACCAAUUAUUAAUCAAGUCGAGGCUGGAUCGAAGAAAAAAGGAAAUAAAGCAACAGCUUCAGUACCAUCGCCAGAAAAAUGUUCAGAAAAAGCUUGGGUUACAGAAAAAGGAUCGUCAAACUCUCAAGAUUCGUUUCCUGCCGCUGGCUCUAGUAGCACGUCAAUGGAUGGCUAUGGAAGUUAUCAAAGCGGUUAUACAGGCGGUGCACCCGGUGGACCUCCAUCUGAGUAUACUCCACCUCCGCCCCGGCCACCCAGUCAAAGUAGUGCGCCAUCACCGCAUCAAGGUAUGCAACCAGGCAAUUAUCAAGGGCCUGGACCAUACCAGAAUUAUUCACAAGAUCAAUAUAUCAGACCUCAAGGAAACGCAAUGGGGCAACAGGGUGACUUCAACCAACCAUACUCCCCACGGUCUCAUUAUCCUCCCUAUGGGCCAGAAGCUGAUCGAGGGUAUAGUGGAGGAAACAUGCCACCAAAUAGUACUGGAGUACAAGAUCUGUACAAUAGGUACAGCAGUGGACAGCAGCCAGCUGGCUAUUCUACAGGAACACCACCCAGUGGGCGGAAUAGUAGCUAUCCUCCCGGUCCACAAGGUCAUCCACCCAAUGCGCAGCAACCAUCUACUAGCCAACCAUCACCUCCAUCUCAGGCGCCUGCAGCUUCUAAUUAUUCAGGAUCACAAGAGUACUAUAGGCAAGAACAGGGAGGCUACGCAGGAUCCGGGAGCAACCAAAUGUAUCCUGGUGCGAGUGCAGUGAGCAAAAAUAUGCCUCCACCUCCACCUGGACCGACACAACCACGACGACAUCCUGACUUUGCCAAAGACCAACAGUAUCCACCAUAUAGUCAGCAACGGCCGGCCUAUCCAGGUUGGCCGAGCAACACAAAUCAGUAUAGCAGUGGAAACAGCAACAAUAGGGUCCAGUAUCCUGGACCGCAGUCGCAGCCGCAACAGCCACCACAACCACAAGGAAGCUCGGCGACAUCAGCUUCAAGCGGAGUUGCUGGAAUCAGUGGCCCGCCAUGGGUAAAUCAACAACCUCCAAGGCCUACUACACAACCAAGUGGAAAUAGUGUUGCGCAUCCUCCCCCAUUAUGGGACCAUCGAUAUCCCAAUCAACCAUCCCCUCUUUAUCCACCCUCUGGUGCUCAUCAGAGUCAGCUAGGAAUAAGCCCUAUGAUAAGCCAACAAACAGCACCAAAAAGGGAGAUGACAUUCCCUAGUGAUAGCGUCGAAGCAGUCACACCAUUGUUAUACAAAAGGCGUAAGCUAACACGAGCUGAAGUUGCCCCCGUCGAAGCAUGGCGAAUCAUGAUGGCACUGAGGUCUGGCUUAUUAGCUGAGAGCUGUUGGGCACUGGAUGUCCUGAAUAUUUUACUAUUUGACGAUUCUUCAGUGAGUUACUUUGGAUUGGCACAUCUUCCGGGACUGUUGGACGUAUUAUUGGAACACUUCUCGCGUUCCUUGUCCGACAUGUUUGAAUCUCCUGUAGGAGAAGAAGAACAACAGUGGUGUCGUACAUCAGAAGGAGCUGAAGUUGAUCUUGGUGCAGUGUCACGACCAGUCGAUGCGGAGGAUCGUAUAAUACUUUUGUCCGGGUCAAAUUACACAUUUUUAUCAAGGCGAGGGCGUCCUGUUAAAAUGAUACCUCGAGACGAUGAUCUAUUUGUUCUGGAUUCUCGCCGACCUUGGGAUCAUUAUCCGGACUGUGAAGCGGAUACGGAACCCUGGCAAGUCGACGCUAAUACAACCAAAUACAUCGUCACAUGUUUUCAGUCGGAAUUAGACGUUGUUCCAUUCGCGAGACAACUGAGGGACGAAAAACCGCCUCUAUUAGAAAAAGAGGUUGAAAGUGUUGAUGUAAAAAUAGAAGAAUCUAAACUGGACAGCAUGUUAGAAAAUGUAGAUACAUUUAAAAAAUCUAAUGAUUGUAACGACAAGCCCACAACUCCUAUUAGUGAACGUAAACAGUUUGAUAAAAAGAAGAAAAUUAAAACUCUAAGCGACGUUUUAUCCAGGAUUAAGAAAGAACCUGUAGAAAUGAACGACCUCACUAGAGAAUUAUUUGAAAAGAAGAACGAUGGCACACGAAAGGAUUCGGAAAGUGAAUCUAAGGCUAACAACAAUAUCGGUGAAAGUUUGUCUGAAUUUUCUAGAGCAUCUACCGAAGAUAAUGUUCUUCCAAAUCAGAACGGCUUGAGUGAUAGCUUGAGUAAUUUGGAUUCAGAAAAAUUGGCCCAGGAAGAAGACGAGUCUUCAAGUACAAAGGAUGAACAAAAGUUGAAUAUUAAAGAUCCAGCUGGAACUUUGAAGAGGAGACGAAUAAGUGACUACGAGGACGAAAGUUAUUCUCGUGACGAAGCAAGUCUCUAUCUAGUUACCGAGAGUCAAGAUGGAUUGGCACGACGAUGCGUGUGUUUAUCUACAAUUCUGAGAAACUUGACGUUCGUACCUGGCAACGAAAUUGAAUUUGCAAAGAAUGUUACUUUUCUUAGUAUACUAGGAAAGCUGUUAUUAUUGCAUCACGAGCAUCCAGUUAGAGCACAAAAAACAAGAAACUAUGAUCGAGAAGAAGAUGCAGAUUUUGCAGAUUCAUGUAGCAGUUUACAAGGAGAAAAUGAAUGGUGGUGGGACUUUCUCCAUCAUAUUAGAGAAAAUGUAUUAGUUAUGGCUGCUAAUAUCUCGGGCCACAUGGAUCUUAGUCAGCACCCGGAAGAAAUAUCGCGACCGGUUCUAGAUGGUUUGUUACAUUGGGCCGUAUGUCCAGCGGCACAUGGACAAGAUCCCUUUCCGACGGUAGGUCCUACGUCGUCUCUCUCUCCGCAAAGGUUAGCUUUAGAAGCGUUGUGUAAGCUAUGCGUUACAGAGAGCAACGUGGAUUUGGUAGUCGCUACCCCACCGUAUUCAAGACUGCAACGGCUGUGCUCUGUUUUGACAAGGCUACUCUGCCGCAGUGAGGAACAAGUUCUCCGAGAAUUUGGAGUGAAUUUGUUACACUUUUUGUCAGCUGCGGACAGUGGCGUGGCAAGAACGGUAGCGAUGCAAACACCUUGUAUCGCACUGUUGGUCGCAUUCAUCGAACAGGCAGAAGCGAGUGCGUUGGGUGUAGCCAAUCAGCAUGGUUUAGCGGCUUUAAGAGACAAUCCUGAGUCUAUGGGAACUAGUUUGGAUAUGCUGAGACGAGCGGCGGGAACUUUGUUGAAUCUAGCGAGGCACCCGGAUAAUAGGACACUGCUCUUGCAGCAUGAAUCGCGACUACUCGCGUUAGUCAUGAGCCAGAUUCUGGAUCAACAAGUCGCAGCUAUAGUGGCUCGUGUAUUAUUCCAGUGUUCAAGAGGGACGUAACUCUUCAAUCUUUCUUAUAUGUGGAAAUGUACUUUAAAUGCAACGUGCGGAGACUGAAAAAUGCUACACAGCAUGAUAGUAGUUUUAUAUAAAGCUAAAUAUUGAUGUUAGCGUUGGUAUACUAAUACUGGUAUACCUUCCGUUGUGAAUUGGAUAACAUUAAUAAUGUAAGAUAUUCUGUGGUUAAAAACGUGAACAACUGCAUAAUAUAUAAACAUUUCAAUCGCAAUUUAAACAAUAUCGAAAUGUGGGUGAUUAUAAAUAUAAUGCAAAUUUUUAUAUUUGCAUAUUUGUGCUGUAAUUAGCAAGUAAUGAUAUUUUGUAGAUAACACUUCCAUUGAAUCUUAUUUAAUUUGCACUCUAAAUAGUGCAAAUAAAGUGGCUUUGACCCACAAGAGUCUCGACUUUAUAUUAGAAACUGGUGAAACAUUGCUGCUAGUACAGUCUGAUGAACUGUUAGAACUAAGCAAAAUCACACUUAAUAAAAAUUAAUUUUUCACAUUUUGGUUGUUUGAAGUAAACUGUGUCCAAAUUAUUAUAAAACAUAUUUGUGAGAUGAUGUGUGAAUGGGUGUCUAUAGAUUGACUUAGACUAAUAUUGUGACAAUGCGAAUGGAGCGAUUCCGAAAUACAAUUGAGAAUAUACAUUACGAUGCGCUGAUGAUACCACUGGUCAGUAUAUUACUUGACUCCCAGUUACCUUUCCAAUAUCCUUCAUAUUUAAAAUAUUAACUAUUAAAAAACUAGUGCGCCUAUUGCGAAAAUGAAGGAAAUGUGAAGUGAAGCAUCUAUUUUAUAACGGUGAUUAGGGAUACCGGAAGAUUAUGUAGCGGGAAAAAUAAUAACCCGUUAGUCACUUUUUCGAUUGUAAUAAUUAGUGAAAUUCCGUAAUUGCAAUUAACUUGAAGAAAAGAUUAUAAUUAAAAUUAACACGUCAUGUCACGUAAAAAGCUACAACCAUAUGAAAAGAGAACAUUGCUACGCUAAUACUCAACAUCGAUUGCUUAUAGUUUUAUUUUUUAUCUUGUACAUAAUUUUGUAUUUCAGUAUAAUACUUAGUGACAUCACAGUUGCUCUAGUUUUAUUUUCGAACAUUCGACAAAUUUAGGAACAAAUUGGUUCGAGUUACUCAAUUGUAAUAGAUUAUUCUUCUCUAUAAUUUAAUGAAUGGGCUUUAAGUUUAAUAACACAUAAGCAUUACGAUGUAUAGGCAUGUGGGAACUGUGCGAAUAUAUUUUUAAAGUUGGUUUUUUUCUUUCUUAACAGUUCUUAUGUUUCACAGUUUCUUAUCAUUUACGAGCAUUACAUUCAACAAGAAAUAAUUAUUGCAACAUACGACUCUCUUGUCCUACCACAUUCUGUAUAGCAGGGACAUUGUUUCGGAGCACUUGCCACAUGUGUAAAAAAAGAGCUUGUAUCGAAUUUAGCUAAUUUUCCUUGAAAAAUAUAAUUUAAAAUAAUGUA